UUGGCCCAUAAAGGCCCCGAUCACACUGAGAUGCGGGCACACGCUGGUUGUAGCUUCUCGACAUGAUCACGCACAAAACGGCCUUUUUCCUUUGCUCCCUGCUGUCCACAGCGACCGCCAGUGUUCUGGAUGACUACAGCAAGACGGAGGGGGCAUGGAUUUUUUCCCUUACUAAAAGACUGUACGCUGUGCCAACAGACCUGGAUUGUGCCCUGAAGUGUAACGAUGAAAAAUCUUUCACUUGCAGGUCCUUCAUGUACGUUCAGAAGGAUCAAGAAUGUUUGACCCUACCAACAAACUCAAAAAUUGAUACAAUCAUCCGACGAAUAAGCACAGCCUUGUAUGAACAGAAAGAGUUUUUGAAAGAGUGCAAAAACAGCAUUGGAACUGAUUACAGGGGGUCAAUCUCCACAACAAAAUCCGGAAAGACGUGCCAGAAAUGGAGUUCAAACUACCCACAUAAGCCCAAUACUACACCCAAAACUCACCCGAAUGCCGAUCUGGAGCACAAUUUCUGCAGAAACCCCGAUGGAGACAGCAAUGGGCCCUGGUGCUACACGACAGACCUGCAAACUCGAUGGGAGCACUGCAAUAUUCAGGACUGCAGCGAGGAGUGCAUGCACUGCAGUGGAGAGGACUACCGGGGAAAGACCUCCCAGACAGAAAAUGGCUUCACCUGCCAACGCUGGGACUCCCAGAAGCCUCAUUCACAUGGAUACAUCCCUGAAGUGUUACCGGAGAAAUACCUAGAAGAGAACUACUGCCGAAACCCAGAUGGAGAACCUCGGCCCUGGUGUUUCACCACGAACCCCAGCAAGCGCUGGGACUUCUGCAACAUCCCACGGUGCACCUCAGCACCACCACCAGCUGAAGAGGAGCUCACCUGUGCUACAGGAGAAGGCGGUGCCUACAGGGGUAUCGUGGCUGUGACAGAGUCAGGGAAAGCUUGCCAGAUGUGGUCCAGUCAGACACCCCACAAGCACAGCAGAACCCCAGAAAACUACCCCUGCAAGGGCCUCACCUUGAACUAUUGUCGAAAUCCAGACAAUGAGCGGAUGCCCUGGUGUUACACCACUGACCCAGAUACCCGGUGGGAGUACUGCAAGGUGCCAAGUUGUGGGGAUGAGCCAAGCCCAAUUGAACCAGUCAUAGCACCGACAACUGACUGCUAUGAAGGAAAUGGGACAACGUACCGCGGAGUCACAUCGGAGACAAUCAGUGGGAAGAAGUGCCAGUUCUGGACCUCCAUGCUGCCCCACUCCCACAGAAAGACCCCACAGAACUACCCGAAAGCAGACUUGAGGAGGAACCUGUGCCGGAACCCAGAUGGAGACCGCGCCCCCUGGUGCUUCACCACAGAUCCCUCGGUCCGCUGGGAGUAUUGCAAGGUGGAGAAAUGCCGGGAGGAGACAGUGGUGGAGGCAAUUGUUCCAGUCAUUAUGCCCACUCAGGCUGCAGCGGCAGCACCAGCCCCGGCUCCAACCCCAACCUCAAAGCCCACUGGGGGCCAGGCUAGAGAAGAAGACUGCAAGAGUGGCAAUGGGGAAAGCUACAGGGGUCUCACAUCCAUGACCGCUACAGGGGUGACCUGCCAGGCCUGGAGUGCUAUGAGCCCCCACCAACAUGCUAGCUUCACCCCCGAGACCCAUCCAACCAAAGGCCUGGAGUCCAAUCAAUGCAGAAACCCAGAUAAUGAUGUGAAUGGACCGUGGUGCUACACAAUGGAUCCAAAUAAAAAGUGGGAUUACUGCAACAUUCCAGACUGCGCCACAGUGAAGUGCGGACAGCCUAAGGUAAAGCCACGACGGUGCCUUGGCCGAAUUGUGGGCGGGUGCACCUCCACACCUCACUCGUGGCCUUGGCAGAUCAGCCUUCGGACCAGUUCGGGCCUACACUUCUGUGGUGGAACACUGAUCAAACCGCAGUGGGUUUUGACAGCAGCCCAUUGUCUAGAGAGGUCAAAGAGGCCUAGUGCUUACAAGGUGUAUCUCGGGAUUCACAAAGAAGUAGCAAGCGAGCCUUCCAAACAGAUACUGAACCUUGAGAACCUCAUCUUGGGACCCUCCGGAACUGAUAUUGCAUUGCUCAAGUUAGAGAGGCCUGCCACCAUCACCGACCAGGUGCAGCCUGUAUGCUUGCCAGAGAAAGACUACAUCGUCCCAAGUGGAAAAGAGUGCUAUGUGACUGGCUGGGGUGAAACUCAAGGCACUGGAGGGGAAGGCCUCCUGAAGGAGACGGGAUUACCGGUCAUCGAAAACAAAGUGUGCAACCGCCCAUCCUACCUGUUUGGCAGGGUGAAGGACCACGAGAUGUGUGCAGGGAAUAUCGAGGGAGGUACAGAUAGCUGCCAGGGUGACAGCGGGGGACCUCUUGUCUGCUCCGAGAAAGACUCGUUUGUCCUUCAGGGAGUGACGUCGUGGGGACUGGGCUGUGCCAACGCCAUGAAGCCUGGGGUCUACACCCGGGUCUCCAAGUUCAUCGACUGGAUUGACGAAACAAUCAGAAAGAACUGACUUGCUCCAUGAGAAGAAGUUGUUAAAUGAUCUAAAGAGAUAUUUGGUUUUUAUGUUCUAUGAAAUGUUCUCAUUUACUGAAAACAAUGGUGAAUCAGCACCCAGUGAGAAGUGCUUUAAAGUAAUUGCACACAAUACCCUACUUUGCUGCAGUGCUGUGAAACAAUAAAUUUAGCAAUUCACCUUAAA